UGUGGAUAAACCACCUUUUAAUUAUCCAGUUAUCGGUUGGUGGACAUUUGGGUUGUUUUCACCUUUCGACUUAUUAUAUAUGAAUAAUGCUGCUGUGAACAUCCGUGGAUAACUUUUUGUGUGGACACGUUUUCAUUUCUCUUGGUAAAAUCUGAACAUCUCUGUGUGAUGGUUAAAGAAGGUGAUUAAGGACCACGUACAAGCCAACAACCAUCGGAUCCAUGUCUCCUUGCUGAGGCCGCCCAGGGCACCUGUCUUCCUAAAGCUUCUGGAAACUUCGCCGGCUUCUGCUUCUGAGCUCAACUCAAAAGUCAUUUCUUCAGAGAAGCCUUCCUGUCCAGGUAUUUUUUGUGCCAGGCCCUGUGCUAACAGGAAGGAACACAGCAAUAUCCUAGACAGGUUGGGAAGCCACGGACUCAGUGCCCGUUGUCGCGCCGGAGCCGGGAGACGUGCGCGGCAGCCGCUGGCGUGGUGACGGUCACCGGAGGGGGACCACGUGAGCGCUGCGCUGUGCGCCCGCCUGGCCGCAGCUCCGCCCCAACCCCAGCUCGGCUCUAGAGCGCCCCAGUCCAGCCCAGGCUAGUUCAGUCUGAGCUCCGCUCCUACCCGGCCCCGACGCCCGCGCGCCCCGCAACCUUGCCCCAGCUCUGCCGACGGUCGCCUGCGCUCGCGCCCAGCGCCCCGGAUCCUUCCAGCAGCUCCCCGUGCCCUGGGAUCGUUCCGGCGGCCCCCGCGCCCCGGCAUCAAUCCAUCCGCCCCGGGCGGCCCCACUGCCUCCCCGGAGCGCCCGGCCGCGCGCCCCGCUCGCCGCUCCCCCGCACUCGGGGGGCCCAUCCGCCCUGCGCCCUGGAGCACCGGGCCGCGAGCCUCUACCAACUCCUGUGGAUCCUUGCAGCCGUGCUCAGCGGCUGCCGCGCCGGUCCGCCCGAGGGAGGACCAUCCCCGCUGCGUUUGCCCAGUAACUCUGGCUGUGCCGCCCACCCGUUGGGUAAAACGGGCACCGUGGAAGCAUGGCAGACGAGGACCUCAUCUUUCGCCUGGAAGGUGUUGACGGCGGCCAGACCCCCCGGGCUGGCCAUGACGGGGACCCUGACGUAGACAGCGAGGAUGAGGAAGGUUACUUCAUCUGCCCCAUCACCGAUGACCCCAGGUCACACCAGAAUGUCAAUUCCAACGUUAAUAACUACUAUGGCAACCUCAUGAAAAGUGAGCACUAUGGCUGCAGCGGGUCCCCGACAGGUUCUGUCAGUUUUAAGGAAACCUGGAAGCACGCAAUCCAGAAGGCCAAGCACAUGCCUGACCCCUGGGCUGAGUUUCACCUGGAGGACAUCACCACAGAGUGUGCCACGCGUCACAGGUACAACGCUGUCACCGGGGAGUGGCUGGAAGAUGAAGUUCUCAUCAAGAUGGCGUCUCAGCCCUUUGGCCGUGGUGCGAUGAGGGAAUGCUUCAGGACGAAGAAGCUCUCCAACUUCCUGCACACCCAGCAGUGGAAGGGGGCCUCCAACUACGUGGCAAAGCGCUACAUUAAGUUGGUGGCCAGGGACGUGUACUUUGAGGACGUGCGUCUACAGAUGGAGGCCAAGCUCUGGGGAGAGGAGUACAAUCGGCACAAGCCCCCCAAGCAGGUGGACAUCAUGCAGAUGUGUGUCGUGGAGCUGAAGGAGAGGCCGGGCAAGCCCCUCUUCCACCUGGAGCAUUAUAUCGAGGGCAAGUACAUCAAGUACAACUCCAACUCAGGCUUCGUCCGUGACGACAACGUGCGCCUGACGCCACAGGCUUUCAGCCACUUCACGUUUGAGCGCUCCGGCCAUCAGCUAAUUGUGGUGGACAUCCAGGGUGUGGGUGACCUCUACACCGACCCGCAGAUCCACACGGAGAAAGGCACCGACUUUGGAGAUGGCAACCUAGGUGUCCGGGGGAUGGCGCUCUUCUUCCACUCCCAUGCCUGCAACCAGAUUUGCGAGAGCAUGGGCCUCGCGCCCUUCGACCUCUCGCCAAGAGAGCAAGACACAGUGAAUCAGAACACCAAGCUGCUGCAAUCAGCCAAGACCGUCUUGAGGGGGACAGAGGAAAAGUGUGGGAGCCCCCGCGUGAGGACCCUCUCUGGGAGCCGGCCGCCCCUGCCGCUCCGCCUCUCAGAGAACUCGGGAGAUGACAACGUGAGCGACGUGACUUUCGACUCUCUCCCUUCCUCUCCGUCUUCAGCCACACCACACAGCCAGAAACUGGACCACCUCCAUUGGCCCGUGUUCAGCGACCUCGAUCCCAUGCCUCCCCGAGAUCACGACCCCCUGGACAACCCCCGGGACAGUGGGGACAGCGGAUACCCCAGUGAGAAGCGGGGUGAGCUGGAUGACCCAGAGCCCCGAGAACACGGCCACUCGAAUGGUAACCACACGUACGAAUCGGACGAAGACAGCCUGGGCAGCUGCGGACGGGUCUGUGUGGAGAAGUGGAAUCUCCUCAACUCCUCCCGCCUCCACUUGCCGAGGCCUUCGGCCGUGGCCCUGGAAUUGGAAAGGCUUAAUGCUCUGGACCUUGAAAAGAAAAUCGGGAAGUCCAUUUUGGGGAAGGUCCAUCUGGCCAUGGUGCGUUACCACGAGGGCGGGCGCUUCUGCAAGAAGGACGACGAUUGGGACCGCGAAUCAGCUGUCUUCCACCUGGAGCUCGCCGCCGACCUGGGUGAGCUGGAGGCCAUCGUGGGCCUGGGACGCAUGUACUCGCAGCUGCCCCACCACAUCCUGGCUGACGUCUCUGUGAAGGAGACAGAAGAAAAUAAAACCAAAGGAUUCGAUUACUUACUGAAGGCAGCUGAAGCUGGCGACAGACAGUCCAUGAUCCUGGUGGCACGAGCUUUUGACACCAGCCAGAACCUCAGCCCCGACAGGUCCCGAGACUGGCCAGAGGCUCUGCACUGGUACAGCACCGCCCUGGAGACGACAGACUGCGACGAGGGCGGUGAGUAUGACGGGAUGCAAGACGAGCCCCGCUACGCGCUGCUCGCCAGGGAGGCCGAGAUGCUGUUCACAGGCGGCUGCGGGCUGGCGAAGGACCCGCAGAGAUCAGGCGACUUGUACAGCCAGGCCGCCGAGGCAGCGAUGGAAGCCAUGAAGGGCCGGCUGGCCAACCAGUACUACCAGAAGGCGGAGGAGGCCUGGGCCCAGAUGCAGGAGUAACCGGGCAGGAGACUCGCUGCCGGCCAGUCUCGCGCAAAAGGGCUCGAGGGGGCGGGAAAGCCUGACUGACUUAUUUAGGGGUUUUUUUGGCAGGGGAAGGGGACGUAUUUUUUAAUAUGUUGUAAAUCAACUUCUGUGUGUCAUUUUUUGACUCUUGAAAAUGUCUUUGCUACCAGCAGAGAUGCUACUACAGCUGUCCCCCUAGGGCAGAAUAUUGGGGUGUGUGGGGAUUGAAAAAGCAGUCUAAUGAAGCAACAUAGCAUUCUGAGGUUCUUUUGUUGUUGUUGUUCUGUUUUGUCACGAGGUGUAAGGAAAGUGCUUUUCUGCCUUCGCUGGAAAAUCUUCGGGCUUUUGCUCAGCAGCCUUUUCAGGCUGGAAUUGAAAUCACGGGUCCACAGAGCUGGUGUGUCCUGAGUCAGGUGGGGAAUGAAGAGCUGCCUGGGAGCCUUCCAUGGGUAUGUGUUGCCACGACUUAAUGCAAAGCCUUCCUUCCAGAGCACCUGGAAGCGUGCGUGGCACUGGCUGUGAACCUGAGGUGGAACAACACCCAGGCUCCCUUCUGCCAAGAGGCAGGGCCCACACUCCGACGGUUUUCUCUCCUUUUACUUGCAUUUCCUUCUCGAAACGCAACUGAUUUCCCGGAAUGCAGCCAAAUUCCACUUGUAGGCACGCUUUCUGCAGUGGGCUUUUCAAAACAGGCGCGGUGUCUGCGUGCACACGUGUACUACCUCUGUGCCGUCCGUCAGUUGGUGUGGACGUGAGUGUCCCUCGAGACUGACAUGCAAGGACAGUGGCUGGGUACGUGGAAGCCUGUCCUCCCAGGGGACGUGUGCUCUGCACUCCAGUGGCAGCGUCCACAGUGUGACAGACGUACCCCGUGUCCAGGAUUUCUCGCUGUUUUCUUAGCAUCGCUGUUCUUUUGUAGCAUCUGCUCCCUAGCUCUCGUCCUUGGCAUGUUCUGCUUACAGCGAGGCUGAUUUUCUUGUAAUUUGCAGCCGCCCCUUGAGAUUUUUUUUUUUAAGAUGUUUGAGAAUGAGAGGGCAGGAACCAUAAACACUCAUUAAUUCUAGUAGUUUCCCCAGGGCCAGGCUAUGGCUAACUGUAUAUAAUGAGCGUUUCCUUUAACAGGAAUUUAGAUUUAAUAUCAGUAUGAUUUCAGCUGGUCGUUCAAGUAGCAAAGAAAAGAGACUGCUUUGCUCCACGGCUAGCGAUUAAGCAGCUUCUCUUUCUUUGUUUAAAAAUCAAAACAUAAGUAAGCAGAGUGUGGCAUACAAACCACGAUUCUUAUCUGCUUACUAAAUCUUUAGUGUUAAGUGCUCUUGAACCUGUGUAAACAUUAAGUUCCAAAGUCCAGAGUGUGCCCUCAAGGAAAACUCAAGCGGAGUCCAAAAGACCUUGGUGUCCAAACGACCUUUGAAAAACCGGUAGCAAGGCCUAGAAAUGACUAACCCUCCUUUCGUGUGUGAACUCAUCACAACCAGUUUCCUCCAGAAGUGGGAGCUGAUCAUUCUUUUUCCAUUUGCCCCAGAUCAGGUAAUAGUUUAUUGUUUAUGUGUUUUGAUCCAGUACAUAUAGUUAAAUUCCAAAUGAUCAAUGUAAGUCAGAAGCAACUUUAUUGUGACUUUUCUCUGCAAAGUGAUCAAGCCUCGUAGAACUCAUGCUUUUUUGUCACCGUUCUUACUUCAGCCAGCCGCCUCCCUCUGAGACUUUACUAUGCCAGUAAUUUUCGUUCCCUGAACACCGAUCUCAUUUCUUAGUUAUGUGUCAAUGCUUCUCUCUAACACAGGAACUGGCAGACGUUUUUGUAAAGGGCCAGAUAGUAAAUGUUUUAGGCUGUGCGGCCAUAUGGGCUUUGCAGCUGCUAAGCCUGCUGUUGUCACAUCAGUGCGGCUGGUGUUCCAGUAAAACUCGAUUUCCAAAGCAGGUGGCCUGCCUGGGUGGUAGUGUUCCAACCCUGCUCUAAUCCUCGACUGAGAGCUACUGUGUCAGCUUUGGGUAAGAGCUCCCUCAGUUUUCCGGCCUCUAGGGCUCAGACACCCAGUGCCUGGCACAGAACAGGUGCUCAGGAAAUGUGGGGACAAAUGGAGAGGCAGCCCCAGUCCCCGCACCCGCUCUUUGCAGCUCGGGCCCCUCCACCCCGUUAAUGAUGCCUUGUCUGCUUUGGCUGGAGGCAGCCCCCCUGCAGCUGCAGUCACCCAGCCACCCCCUCGGCCUUCCCGCCAGCAGGGGGCUGGGAUGGCUGGCUGUAGAUAGGUAAGCAAAUGCUUCCUGAGAGUAAAAGGAUCUGCAGGCUGUUGAGAAGAACAGCCUCCACCUUCAAAACCUAGUUUUGUGCCUUCUAAAGCUGGUUAGGGCAUCGUUUUCCACAAAUGCUGAACGUGCCCAAAACAAAACAACCCAGGACAUUCCAGCCCAACUAGGAAGACAUCAGAGACUGUCUUCAAGUACAAGAAACGGGGGAUGGUCCAGGAGAUAAGCAGAGUUGGGGCGUCAUCUGGGACCUCCAGUCACCGGGUGGAGAAGCCGUGGUUUUGGGCUGUAGGGUCUUCCACAGAGAUGCUACCGGCCCAGCGGGAGCUAGGCUUUGAGAGCUGUUCUUACCCAAAAGAUCCUGGAAAUAAAAUUUCAACGGGACUGUAAUGUCCCUUUCAGCUUUGCUCCAGGUUAGAAGAAGAAGGCUUUAUGGAUGUCCAAAGGAAAGAAAUCCCAAAGCCCAGCGUGUCAGAAUACUCCCCUUCCUCCCCCUCCCCCGAGGCACUCUGGGAAAUGAUCACCCAGCCUAACUACCCUUGUUGCUAUUUAGUGACUGCACUUCCUUUCAUCCCCACACAUUUGUUUGCAGUACUGGACAUGUACAAAUGCACAAGUGUUUACACAAGUAUGUGCAGCUGGUGGGGAAAGGAGACAAAACAUGCAUUUUCUCUGCGUGGAUUUGUGUCUGUUACUCAUGCUUCCGGUCUCUGGGGCAUCUAGACAAGGUGGACACCAGGUGGGACCCCGAGAAGUGACUUGCGUUACAGAUUUACCUUUGCAUAUGUGUUAAGUUCUAUUUCAUGUUUCCAAAUAAAGUGGUUUCUUUCUUUGCGGUCUCAAA